AUGUUCAUCCAACUGCGCCGCGUGGUGUACCUGUUGGUACUUUUGCAGUGCUGUGUGUGUGUGACAUAUGCGGAAGAAUCUUCGAGCAAUAGAGUUUCGGAAGCAGAACAGUUUUUAAAAGAGUGGGUAAACAAGUCGGAGGGGUAUCUUGCGGAAGGAAAGGCCUAUCAAGAAGUAUGGGGAACCACAGUGGAGACUUGUAAUUCAAGAGCCAAUGAUGCCAGGGACGUGGCCAGUGGGACGAAAGAAAUCGUUACUGAAAUCAUCAUCGAGAGGGCGAAGAUGAAUCCUUUGCGCGACCAUUUACUACGUCUUGUGAAGAAGGCUACGGGUGAGGUAAAAAAAAAUGUGAGUGUGCUUAAUGGGGCGGCGGAUGCAGUCGAAGAGGCAAGAUAUUUGGAUCGAAUAAGUGCACUCGCGAUGAUGAACAUGAGGGAUAUGUUGGAGAAUCAAAACGAGAGCAGGAAACAUCAUACAGAAGUGCUUGAGGGAGUGGAUGAAGAUAAAAGAUCGGUGGAACAGGAAGCGCUUAUUAAGAGGAGCAAGAGAGUACAUGACGAAAUGAAUAAGGUUUAUCAUCACCUCCUAGUGAUCAAACGAAGAAGCCACGCCUGCGCGAAGGAAGUAAGUAAUGGUGUAAUCGCUACGAAGAACAGGAUUAUCAGGGCGUGUGACCUGUUCUGGGCGGUGGGAAGUCAAUUUAAAAUAGAUUCUGAGGAGUACAGAAAGGAGGUGGACAAAUUCGUCGAGGCUAUAAGGGAAUCACUUGGGGAUGAGGUGGUGGACGCAGAUUAUAACACAGCAGUGGAGAAAAGGAGAUUAGCCAUAGUCGGCCGAACGUCUGCGAGCGCGUUUGCUGGAGCCGCCCCACCCCAUAAAACAACGAAGAGGACAAUUGACAAAGCCAAACUUACGGAGAAGGUGGCGGCGACAAAGAAGAACGAAAAAGAAAGUUUGGAGCGGGAAAAAAGGGAGGAGGAACGGGAGUUGCGGAACCUCCAUGAAGAAAGACAAAGGGAGCGAGAGAGAAAGAAGGCCAAUGAAGAGGAAAACAAGGCGGCUGAAGAAAGGCGAAAGGAGCAGGAGAGAAAUAAAGCUGAAGAAGAGAAGAAAAAGAUCAAAGAAAACGAGGGUAAGCAGGAGUUGGAGAGAAAGGCAAAGGAAGAGAUGGAGAAAAAGAAAAAGAAAGACGGUAGCAGUUGUCCUACGUUGGUGCACAGUCCCAUAUUGUUUUUUCUUCUGAUGUGUGUGUUGGGUUUCGCACUCGUGUGCUGA